UUUUUUUUUUUUUUUUUUUUUUUUUAACUCAAAACUGAAAGUAGCCUUGUUAUGAUCGUUACGACAAGGAUAAUAUUGUUAAAUCAAUGGCAUUAGAGAACCACAUCUAAGUAGUACAAAUCGUUAAGUGAUUGGUAUUGAUCAAGUGUGGGAUGAAAAACAAUCCCUCUCAGAAAAGAAGUCAUGGGCGACGCUCUCAGCAGAUCAUCUUCAGUUCCAGCUGAGGUAUCAUCGGUUUAUUCUGUUCCUUUGGAGAUAUUGGAGGAGAUCUUCCAUAAUCUACCUCAUGAUCAGGUGAUUCGUUGUUGCAGUUUAGUGUGUAAACAAUGGAAGGAAGUGGCUGACAGCGACUGUCUGUGGAGGGAACGAUGCAGAAGAGAGGGCUUGUUGCCUCGUGAUGUGACGAGGACCCCCGAUGACUGGAGAAUAUAUUAUGUGUUACGAAAAAAGAGGAGAAAUCUACUGAAGAAUCCAAGAGCAGAAAAAGAAUUUCAGUUCUGGCAAAUUGUAUCAAAUGGAGGUGACAACUGGGUGAUUGAGAAGCCUAUAUGGCCACAUCCGAAUCCUGAAGUUCAGAAAAACUUUGUGACCUCUUAUCACAUGUGUUUGAAGUCACAGGAGAUCGAUUUGAAGUCUGAAGGAUACAAUGCUUCAUUUAUGGAUCAGUAUCAGCCACCAAUUAAAAUAACAGACUGGUAUGCAUCACGUUGUAAUUGUUUGUAUAAAUUCCAAGUGGAUUUGUUAAACCAAACGAAAAAGUGUAUACAAACGUUUGGACCAAAGACAGUCUACAUUGAAGAGCAGAAUAAUCACCUGUGGUAUUGUAUGACGCACACAUUCAGGAACUAUGGCCCAGGAGUGAGAUACAUUCACUUUAUGCAUGGAGGCAAAGACUGCAUAUACUGGGCAGGAUGGUAUGGAGUGCGAGUGACUGACAGCUGUGUUGAAGUCUGCCCUGAAGUUGAAUAGCUUUAAUUAAUUAAGUAAUUUUUAUUUAACAUCUUUCAAACAUUUUCUGAAUUACUGAAUGUUUAACCCAAGAAUUUGAAAAAUAUAUUCCCAUAAGAGAUUAAAGUAGCAAAUUGAAAUUCAUGUUGACUGCAUUGAUGAAAACAUGGACAGGAAUUUUAAAGAACCAACCACUAGAGGGCCCUAUAUCUGCAAUGAGUGGGACAAUUAGACCAGAAUAUGCAGUAUAUGUUAGGAAUAAGAACUCACAUUUUUCAACAUAAUAAUUUCAAGUUUUAUUUAAUUUAGUUUCACAUGGAUUCAAUAUAAUAAUACAGCAGGUUUCUGGAGAGUGUCAGAUAUUUUUCCUGACUUAAUCAUUAUCAUAAAUACUAAUACAUUACAAUAAACACAGCACUAUCCAAAGCCGUAGAGUAUCACAAGACAUCAUUCACCACUACGAAUAGAGUAUAGUUCAUUUCAGCAUAUUUAUAAGAGCUACAGUGAAAUAGAGAGAAAUCAGAAGUGGGGGCUAGUGAGCGUGUAACAGCUUUAAUUUAAGAACCCUGAUUUAUAAAGAAAAUUGUGUUACCUAGGCUGUAUAAUGGACAAUUUGUUUUGAUAAGGCCUGUGAAAGCAUGUUAUCAAGGUAUGUGACUGUAUUUGGCAAAUGUGUUAUGUCUGUGGUGAAGUCAGGUAGUUUAUCUGGAAGAAAGUCAUUUUUGGAGCACUGUGCUUUACAGACUGUUAAAUGGGGCAAAGCUGUUGAAAAUGCUCUCACUACAAUGACCUUUCAAACAUUAUGUUUAAAAUGUGUAGUUGUAAUGCGUUUGCAGCUUGGAGCAGCAGCCUCUGAAAUUGUAUAAGGAUGCUUAAGGAUAUAAGUAGUAAAAUGCAUGCAAUAAAUUCAGUUGCCUUGAGGAAUAGAGAGACAAGGGCUGAAGAUGCAGAAGAAUACUAUUAUAUUAAGAACACCUUUAAAACAUGAUAAGUAGCACAAUUUGUUUGUGCCCCAAGAUGUGUUUCCCUCUGAUUUAUCUAUAGCUUAUGUUAAUGAAGAUAUGUAACUACAGUGUGGUUGUAACACCACUUAAAAAACUAUAUGACUCUUUCGUACAACUUUCUGGAUCACAUAAAAGGCGAUCAAAACAAGACAAGUUUCAUUCACAAAACUGACACAAUUCUGUUACAUAAAUCCAAACAUAAAACACACUGUUGCUCAGAGUCCUGACUCAUGUUGUACUGAUCACACUGAAGUGUUGCAGAAACGGCAUAGUAAACGGGAUAGGCUACCAUGCUCACUACAUAUGACCUACACACAGUUCAUUUGUAUGUCAGGAUGUCACAAGGAUAAAGCCUUGGUUGACAGUAACUGAGUACAAAAACCUAUAGAACAUAAAUACUUCAUCUUUUUGAACACUUUCCAUUAAAGUCAUUACUUUUAUUUUUUUCAUAAAUAGAUUAUUUCCCUUUAAACAAUUUCCAUCACAGUUUCAGUAACACCCCCUCAUCAAGUCACGUUUGAUAACAAAAUUUUUUUUAAAUAUGACAGACAAAAUUAAAAACAUCCAUAGAAUAAAUGAGCUGACUUCCAGUGUUAUAGAUGAGUGGCAUAGACUAAACUAUGUGAGCUCCUAAACAGAACCAAAGUAAAAGCAAUUGAAUAACCCUGUGCUCAACAUUUGUUGUAUAACAACUGAUAUGGAGUGCACAGUUAUUCAACUGAGUACAUAUAAUCAUAUAUAUAUAUUUAUAUAUCAGCAUGUUAAUAUUUACACAGCACAGACAAUACAUUCUCUCAAGUUAAAUAUUACUACAGCUUUUUUCAUAAAUGUCUUUUACAUUACAAGAUUUCUCUUAAAUGUUCGUGAAUUAAUGUUUUGGUAUUGUAUUCAAGUUUUUCUCAUAAAACCAAACAGACAAUCCUCUGUUGUCUUCUACAGUUAAAUACAUCACAAGAAUAAACAUCAUGAUACAGUAAAGACCCACAUACCCUUGUCCCACAUCCUGUUCCCUCCCUCUCCUCCCGCCGCUGUCCCAUCACAGACACGCACACAGACGAACAGAGGAGCGCGGACACGACCACACUCUGUAAUCAGAUCACCCUGUGGAGAAAACAGGAAUAUGUGAGGGACAGACCUGAACACUAACUCAAGAAUCAUAACCUAUACGUGUUGUGUAAAGAAAGGAUGUCAUUCUUUUGUGUUAUGUGUACCUUGGGUAGAUGAAUUCCCUUUGAAAUUAAUAUUUAAAUACAAAGUUUUACCUAAAAUAUAUAAGUACCCUUGCAAAGUACUUGACUACCCUAGAGUACUGGUUAGAGAACACUUUACACAUUUAACUACAUGCAGUACAAUUAACAGCUCAGUGAUGGUACUCACGCCCUGUAGCUGCUGCAGCUGGACUGGUUUACAUUUG